UCAUCGCUGCCUCUGCCCUUCUUCCUCCCGCCGUCUGGCCCAGCCGUGCUGCUGCGCGCCCCGGAGGCUGCCCAGUUCCUGCGGCAGAGGCAGCGGCGAGCCUACCAGAUCUUCGAGGAGACCAAGCAAGGGCACCUGGAGAGAGAGUGCGUGGAGGAGCACUGCAGCAAAGAGGAGGCCCGGGAGGUCUUCGAGAACGACCCCGAAACGGAAUAUUUUUACCCGAAAUACUUAGCUUGUAUUCACAAAUACGGGUCGCCGUAUACAAGAAGUCCAGAUUUCCUUACAUGCGUACAUAAUUUGCCAAAUCAGUGUUCUCCUGAUCCUUGUUACAAAGAAGGGACUGUGAGGUGUGAAGAUCUGAAGGGGGACUUCUAUUGUGAAUGCAAACGUGGCUGGCAGGGAAAAACAUGUGAUAAAGAUAUUGAUGAGUGCAAAGUGCAGCACGGUGGCUGUAACCAGAUCUGCCUCAACAAGCUCGGCAGCUACCGCUGCUCAUGCUACAGUGGUUAUGCUCUUAAAGACAGCAAAACAUGUGAAGACAUAGAUGAGUGUGCAGCAUCAGCAGACAUCUGUGGAGAAGCUCGCUGUAAAAAUCUGAUAAGCUCAUAUGAAUGUGUUUGUGAUGCAGGCUACAGGUAUGAUGAGCAGAGAAAGACUUGUGAUGAUAUAAAUGAAUGUGAAGAACAACUGUGUGAACAGAUGUGUGUCAACUUGCCAGGGAGUUACACUUGUCAUUGUGAUGGCAGAGGGGGAGUAAAGCUUUCCCAGGACAUGAAUACAUGUGAGAACAUAAUACCAUGUGUGCCUUUUGCUGUUGCAAAAAGUGUUAAGUCCUUAUACCUGGGGAGAAUGUUCAGUGGGACUCCUGUCAUCAGACUGCGCUUUAAGAGGAAACAACUGACAAGACUUGUGGCUGAGUUCGACUUUAGAACCUUUGAUCCUGAAGGUAUCCUUUUCUUUGCUGGAGGCCAUCAAGACAGCACUUGGGUGGUCUUGGCUUUGCGCAAAGGACGGUUAGAGCUGCAGCUGAAAUACAGCGGAAUAGGCCGCGUGACCAGCAGUGGACCGCUCAUCAACCAUGGCAUGUGGCAGACAAUCUCUGUUGAAGAACUCGAGAGAAGUUUGGUUGUAAAGGUCAACAGGGAUGCAGUUAUGAAAAUAGCUGUGUCAGGGGACCUGUUUACCCUAUACAAAGGACUGUAUCAGCUGAACCUGACAGUAGGAGGCAUUCCCUUUAAAACAAAGGACCUUAUUGUGCCGAUAAACCCUCGGCUGGAUGGCUGCUUGCGGGCAUGGAACUGGCUGAAUGGGGAGGACAGCACUAUCCAAGAGACCAUAAAGAUGAAUGAAAGGAUGCAAUGCUUUGCUGUAGCAGGACGAGGGUCUUUCUAUCCUGGCCGAGGUUUUGCUAUAUUUAAUCUUACUUACAUGCAACCUUCCUCUGGGAAUGAAACCAAAACAAGUUGGAAAAUAGAAGUAAAUGCUAUAAUUCAGCCAGCAACAGAUACUGGUGUGAUGCUUGCUCUGGUUACAGAAGAAGCAUCUGUCCCUCUAUCGCUAUCUUUGAUCGACUAUCACUCCACAAAGAAAUUGAAGCAACAGUUUGUCAUCUUGGCUGUGGAGGACACAGUUGUGUCCAGACUGGCACUAAAUCUCUGUGAUAAGAAGGAACACUCUGUGGACAUCCUACUCAAGAAAGACCAGUUAUCCCUGAGGGUAGAUGGGAUGGAAGGAGAGAGUGAAUUAAGCACCUCUGAGUUAGAAGACAGCCUGUCUAUCUUGGAGAGCUCUUUGCAGUCAGCAGUGAAGACGUACGUGGGAGGAUUGCCAGAUGUUAACGUCACCUCCACUCCGGUCACAGCAUCCUACCAUGGCUGCAUGACGGUGAAGCUGAAGAGCAAGGCGCUGGACUUGGAUGAGGCGCUGUACAAGCACAGCGACAUCACAUCCCACUCUUGCCCUCCAGUUGAAGCAGGUCCAUAGGUACCACUGCAACAUGAAAGUUUUGUACUCAGAAACUUUCA